AUGAUGCCCCCGCCAGCCGUCGUGGAGCGGCUGCUGGCACGACGUGACCGACUCACGGCCCGGGCCAUCGUGUCGUUGGGGGCCGCUCUUCUGAUGGCGGGACGCUUUGACGAAGCCAUCGAUUUGCUUGAGGCUCUUUUGGAUGAUGUCAAUACCGGCCGCAAGCAAGCCUAUGAUGACUUUGCCAACGCCUACUUUAACCUAGGCAUUGCCUAUUCAGCGCUCGAACGGCACGAGGAUGCUAUUGUCGCUCAACGUCAGGCUUUGCGCCUCUUUGAGCGGAGCGAGGAUGAUGACGGCGUGCUGCUGGCCGCCGUGAAUGCCGCCGGUGCCCUGCUCGCUCACCAACGAUACGAUCAGGUCCUGCAACUCUUGCAGCCACGACUUACCAUGUGGGAGUCUGGUCAAAACUUGCCUGCUGACAUCUCCGAGCUCCCGCUGGCAUACGCCUUUGCGGCUCAAGCCGCCUACAAGCUUCGCAACCUCGAACUGGCCCGCAGCCUCUUCCUCUCAGCCAGCUCCAUCGCCCCGGCCGGCACCACUUACCUGGCGCAGCUACACAAUAACAUAUCGGCUGUUCUUUUGCUUCUGGGUACGUCGCUGGACCCACCCGAUCUACCGACCCACGCCUUGCUCAGAGUGUUUUCCCGAGUCGCUUUCUCCUUUUCCUCACAUUCUCUUGCCGCCGGCUUGCGCCGCGGACAGACCGGUAUGAUGAGGCUGUGGAACAUGCCCGCUUGGCCUGGGAUCUGCUGCCAGCGGAUGAGGUGGAGAGUGACCCCAUGGAUCGUGCCAACGUUGCCCGCAACCUCGCCACCGGUCUGGUUCGUAUCAUCACGUCUAUUGGUCAUGCGAAAUAUCUGCUUCAGUCAACCGGCGCGUCCGCGCAUCUCCUCCCCCCCCUCAUGCGCUUACCAACUUCCAAAUGCACCCCCACACCUCCCAAAUCAGGCCAAUCUCAGUCAAUUUGAAGAAGCACUGCAGCAUCUCCACGUGGCUUGGGAGUCCUUGUCCACGCUGAACCGGCCCCUUCACGCGGCUCGCUGCCUGGAAGACAUGGGAGCCGUCCGGUUUCACCUCGGCGAUCUUCAUGGCAGCUUGCGCCUGUACCAGGAGGUUUUGGGCAUGGCGCUGCGCCUCGAUGACGCUGAGCUACGGGAGCGCGUGGAACAAGCCACCUUUAUGGCCUGGAACGCUCUGCAGACACACGACCAACUGCGCCAUCGUCUGCGCUCCCACGGCGCUGCCAACGAGGGCGAUUUUGGUCCAACCCGACCCGAUGGUCUCGCCGUGGGUGAAACACCACGUCCUGAUAUCCGGCAUGGUCCCCCUUCCGCGUCCUACGCAGACGCGGCCGUUCAGCUCCCACCCCGCCCCCACACGUCCCAGCUUGUGCGCUCGGGCACCAAACCCCUGAGCCCGCCCCUGACCAGCACCCGGCCCGUUAGCAUGAGUGUGGCCUACGAGGAACUCUUUCAAAAAGUGACCACCCCCAACAGCAGUCGCCCUGCCACAGCUGCACAUGACCCAGACCAUGACCGCGAUAACCACCUCAGGCCCACAAGCCUGCCUGAAUCGACCGACAUGCCCUUGUCGCCUGUUCGCGCUGACCCCCAGCGCAGCAGUGGUACCGUGGGGUUUGUAUCUCCACUUCCAGACAGUGAGGGCCCAGCGCGCAACGCCUCCCAACGUCGCCGCCCACCGCCAACUCCAAUGCCCCGACUCCCCAUCCACCUCGACGACUCCCUGAGCGACGACCGGACCGCCGCACAUCCCCACAUACCUGACCGCUUGAUCGUGGAACCGCGCACCAGUCACGGCCCGCCCCAACGCUCCCGAGCUUGUGCGGUCAUGUAA